AUGGCAGCCCUGAGCAGGUUCCUCUCACGCUCCGCGGUCAGGGGGCUGCCCUUCUUCCGAGUCCUGAAAGCGCCUAAGGAUUUCCACUGGACAGAGGAGUGCCAGAGAGCCUUCACCGACCUGAAGGCCUAUCUGGCUGAGCUGCCCACUUUGACCGCCCCGGAGGUAGGAGAGACCCUGUUCCUUUACCUGUCCGCCUGCAGCGAGGCCAUCAGCGCGGUCUUGGUGCGAGAGGACGGGGGGAUUCAGAGACCAGUGUACUACGUUAGCCGCGCUCUGCAAGGGCCAGAGACGAGGCCCUACAGCGUUGUAGUCCUGACCGACCAGCCUCUGCGUCAGAUACUCACCAAGCCCGAGGUCUCGGGCAGGAUAACCAAGUGGGCCGUCGAGUUGGCCGAGCAUGACCUUAGCUAUCGGCCCCGCACCGCGAUCAAGGCUCAGGCCUUGGCAGACUUCCUUACUGAGGGGGCUAACUUAAACCUGACCGAGCUAGCCCCGACACUCACGGACACCCCGGUAGAGGAGCCGUGGGUGCUGUUCGUGGAUGGCGCCUCGAGCAAGGAAGGAAGCGGGGCUGGCCUGCUGCUCACCUCGCCCACAGGGGAGGAACUGACCUAUGCGCUUAGGUUCGAUUUCCCGGCAUCCAAUAACGAGGCGGAGUACGAGGCCCUGUUGACGGGGUUGCGGAUAGCCCACCAGAUGGGCAUCACCACGAUCAAAGUCCAGAGUGACUCUCAGCUCGUCGUCCUCCAGGUCCGCGGGGAGUACGAGGCCAAGAACGAGGUUAUGAAGAAAUACCUGGCUAAGGUACGAGAGGUGGUGGCCUUGUUUGGAACAUUUGAAAUCGAGCGGGUGCCGAGGUCCCAGAACAAGCGGGCAGACGCCUUUUCAAAACUGGCGUCCUCCUCAUUCGCCCACCUGAGCAAGGAAGUCUUGGUAGAGGUGGUAAAACAAAAAAGUAUCGACCAGGUCCAGGUCCUGGCUAUAGAUAGCUCGGCCACCUGGAUGACACCCCUUAUAGACUUCCUCAGCUCGGAUACCCUCCCCGAGAGCAAAAUUGAGGCCCGCCGAAUCCAGCUCAGAGCUGCCAAAUACGCCUACGCUGGGGGAACCCUCUAUAGGAGGUCAUACUUGUCCCCCUGGCUAAAGUGCGUGACCCCGGAAGAGGGCGACUAUUUACUCCGGGAAGUCCAUGAAGGCCUAUGUGCGGCACGUGUAGGAUCUCGGGUGCACGCCUCGCUGCGCCAUCAGCUAGCUCGGGAGAUGAUCCCCGUCCAUAGUCCUUGGCCCUUCGCUCAAUGGGGGAUAGACCUCCUGGGUCCCUUCCCCCGAGCUCCGGGGAGGUAUGAGCACCUUGUGGUUGCCAUACACUACUUCACAAAGUGGGUGGAAGCGGAACCCUUGCUCUCUAUAUCCGGGAAGGCAAUUCAGAGGUUCUUCUGCAGGAACAUAGUUCGUCGUUUUGGGAUCCCGCACGUCCUGAUAUCUGACAACGGGCGCCAAUUUGCAGAGAACCCUUUCAAGAGCUGGCUGGAGCUGGCCCAAUCCAACUGGCUGGAAGAGCUCCCUAGCGUUCUCUGGGCUUACCGCACUACGCCCAGGACAGCCACCCAUGAGACCCCGUUCUCCCUCACUUACGGGGUAGAAGCAGUGGUCCCUGCAGAGAUCGGUCUCCCCUCGCCCCGAACACAGAACUUCGUGGCAACGUCCAACGACGAAAAGUUGCGGUGCAACUUAGACAUGCUUGAGGUUAAGCGGGAGGAGGCAGCCAUUCGGAUGGCUAAGUACAAAAGCCAGCUCGCCCGCUACCACAACGCCCGAGUAAAGAGCACGCAGUUCCAGCCAGGAGACCUGGUCAUGCGAAAGAACUCGAUCAGCAGAGCUCACAGUUCCAACAAACUCGACCCAAAUUGGGAGGGCCGGUUACUGCAAGGUCGCCGACAUGAACGGAUCUGA